AUGGAGAAAUCAAGAAUGCCAAGAAACGUUUAUGAACCUUUAAAGACAUAUUUUCUCAAGGUUAACAUCAACUGCCAUGGAUGUAAUAGGAAAGUGAAGAAAACACUGAGAAAAGUUGAAGGUGUUUACUCAGUUGAUAUAGACACAGAUCAACAAGCAGUGAUUGUUAGAGGGAACUUAGAUCCAGAGAUUUUGGUCAAGAAGUUGAACAGAAGAGGAAAGUAUGCAGAGCUUUUGUUCAUGAGUCCUAUCCAUAAGGACCAGUUUGGAAAUCAUCAAGCUGGUCUUAAUCAUGACAACAGAAGCUUGAGGAACGCACAAUACAACUUCGGAAACAAUCACUUUAACAAUGUCCCAAGUUACGAAAGGCAAAGUGAUGGAGAGAUGAUGAUGAUGGCGAACAACAUGAAACCUGUGAUGAUGAACGAUGCAGACUACUUUCAGAUGAGCGAUUCUUCUGAAGAUUUCCAGGAGCUGUUUGGAGAAACAGCGCAAAGACACAACUAUGAUGAAGAGGCGAGGAACAUGGAACUAGGAUAUUCUAAUGCAUACCCUGCAGCAGAAACAAUGAACAUGCAUAUUCCAGGAAGAUCUAAUAAUAUGAUGGUGAACGAGAGAGCUUUCCACGGUCAGAUGAUGAACGGUCCAUCUCUAGUUCCACAAUUUAUGAAUCAGGAACAGUUCAGCUCAAGGUUACUGAAUGGAUUCUACUACUGAACGGUCCAUCUCAAGGAAACUUAAUGGAUUCUACUACUGACUAAAGAAGUUAGUGACUAAAGAAAGUUUUUAAGAUAUGUGUGUGUGUUUCACCACCACUUUAAUUCAAGCUUAAUAGACUAGUAUUAUAGUGUUUUAUAUUGUUUCAAUGUUUGUUAAGUGUGUGUCGAAGAACUUUG